AUGACGCUUCCUGACUGGAUGGUAACGCUGGUUGCCACCGCAUCCUUCUUCUGUUUCUUAUUUUUAUGUGUUCGCCACAGACGCAAAGUACAAGUGCUCUGCAGAAAAGUAUUCAGCAACAUAAUGGCCCGCACAGAGAAGCCGCUGUUCCGAAUCGCGUACACACUCUACACUAAGACCAGACUUGGCUACUUGUACUACAAGAGACAAAUGAGGAAGGCCCGAGAACAGUACCCUGCUGGACACUCCACAUCUCAGCCAAUGGAGUUCAAUGGUAUUAAAAUUAUUCCCAUUCCGGUGCUCUCUGACAACUACAGCUACCUUGUGAUCGACACAGCCUCCAGUGUUGCAGUCGUUGUAGACCCUGCAGACCCUCAAAAAGUUCAGGUUGUGAAAGCAUUUGUAAUCUUUCAGGCAGUUCUUGAGGAAGAGGGAGUGACUCUCGAAGCAAUACUCUGCACACACAAGCAUUGGGAUCACAGUGGGGGAAACAAAGGGUUGAAAAGGAUUCACAGCUCAUGCAGAGUAUACGGAAACGCCGCUGAUAGCAUUCCUGGCCUCACGCACCCUCUCUCACACAAGGAUUCAGUAACAGUGGGCCGUCUGCACUUUAAAGCCCUCUUCACUCCGGGACACACAGUGGGUCACAUGAUCUACCUCCUGGACGGCCGGACGGUCGACGCCCCCUCCAGCCUCUUCUCCGGUGACCUGGUGUUCCUCUCCGGAUGUGGGAGAACGUUUGAAGGCAGUUCCACAACAAUGCUGUCAUCUCUGGACACAGUCGCCUCCUUAAGUGAUGAAACUUUAUUAUGGCCUGGUCAUGAAUAUGCUGAGGACAACCUCCUGUUUGCUGCUGAGGUCGAGCCUCGUAACGCUGCCAGGGAAAACAAAUCUCAGUGGGUGCUGCUGCAGCGGGCCGAGAAGCUGUGCACGUGUCCCUCCACUAUCGGAGAAGAAAAGCAGUACAAUCCUUUCCUGCGGAGCCAAUCUGAAGAGCUCCAUGUGGCCCUGGGCGUCCAGCAGCUCCAGGACGAGGACUGGACCCAGUUCAGGGCCCGGGUGCUGGAGGAGCUGCGGAAACGCAAAGACCUCUUCAACAGGAGAUAGUACUGGAUACACUAAGCAGCUAAACCCCUGGACUGGACAGUGGUACCAUGUGAAGCUGAGGUACUGAAUUCAAAAGUCUAAGUCUGUUCAGAAUGACUUGUUUUGUACAUUUUGUUGACCUUUUAUCAACCUAAAUCAUACCACUAAGAACUUUUUCAUUACUACAUGAUACUUUUCAAUAAGCCUAUCACCUCUCCACGUACUGUAAUUUAUGCUAAUUUUGUGUUUAUAGACAGAUAAGGUCAGUUUCUUUAAUAUAAAGGUCUUAAUAGUAAUGUAAAUGUGCAUGUGUAACUUUAAGUUGUGUGAGGUACAAGCAGAUUUCUGAUUUGUGUGUGUAAAACAGGUCUGCACACUACAUGGGUUACUUUAGCAUGUUAAGCAAGGUACUGUAUUUGAAAUGCAUUGUCUGGGUUACUUUAAGGGCAAGUAGAAUAUUGUUUUGAAUAUACAUCCUACACAUACAGUGUUGCAGGAGGGUAACUUUUCCAUGGAUGUUGCAAUUUUUGUAAUUGAGUGUUUGUGAAUAUUUAAUUUUGGUACGGUUAAUUUAACAAAUUACAAACACUCUUUGCUGGUGUUUACUGUCAGUUUGUAAUAGAACAUCGUACGGUAAAAGGUCUGUACACUAGCCUUUCAUGUGAAUUUUUUUUUGCUGCAUGAAGAGCCAUUUUUAAAAGUUAACUCAAAACUUCUAAGUGGUGUUGCUGACACUAAUUAUUUACAAUGCACGUGAUUAGACUGCUUUUUUUUUUUUUUUUUAAUUGCUCGUUCAUUUUUGGCCAACACUUAUAAGAUGUAGAACACAUGUUUCCCACUUUUGCUGAACCAAUUGUUCCACAUGUGGAAUUGUAUUUUUCAAGUGUUGAUAGUUGCACAGCGUGAGCGAGAUCAGCAAUGAAUGUGAUUUGACUGGUAGCGCAUUGAUAUGUAUGAGACAUGACAGAAUGGCUGUUAAAUAAAUCAUUUUCGUUUUACGGUUUACCUUUGGAUUACAGAUAAUCUAAUGUACAGGGUGAUGUUCAUUCAAGCAAUUGUAGGCAUGAGCUAUGUUCUGCAGUCACUUUUGAUAAAAAUGUGUAAUAUUUAAGAGUAAGUUGGUGAUGGAAA